UCAAUUUAUCUAACAAGUUCAGUGAGCAACUUCUAAGUGGAUUUAAUAAAUAUUUUAAAUUUCAAAUUUUUUUACUAAAAGUGUUUUCUAAAAUAAUUUUUUUUGCAAGUUCGUAAUUUUCAAAUUUCCGUCUGCUUUUAAUAAGCGAAAAUGGAUUAUAAAUUUUUACAUAUAAACCGGAUGACUAUGAUUAUUAUUUAUUAUUUAUUGAUACCGAUAAAUUUAUCUGUGGCCCAGUCGCUGAAUGUUGAAGAAGCGGCCAUUGAAUUAAUAAAUAAUUUUGAAAAGUUAAUAUCAGUUAAUAGUACUGACACUGAAAUUUUGGAAAAUAAUCGAGUUAAUACAUUAAAAAAUAUACAUGAUAUAUUUGAAAAAAUUCAGUCAUAUGAUUCAUAUGAUCGUGAAAAUAAUUAUCUGAUAGAAGAUACAUUUCAAGAGGCUCUUGUUAACUUGUCAUUAUUCAGUGAAUGGAAAAAGAAUGGGGACUUUUUUGAGUCGCUCAAUGAUAUUGAAAGUCGGUUUAAUUCUCAAGUUAAAGAUUUCCUGAUUAUGUACAAGGAAUUUUCGACUAGAAUGAUUAAUUAUUUUAAUGAUAACUCGGCUCAUUUUGAUCAUUCUUACAGCAAUUCUUUAAAUUUUAUCGUACGUCAUUCUACGGAUAUUAACGAUUCAAAUAAACCAUGUGCUCACAAUAUAUAUGAUAUGCAAAUAAACUUUUGGAAACUAAUGAAAAAUCAUGACAUUAAUUGUGGUAAAAAAUCAAUAUAUAAUGGAUUAUAUGACUUAUAUAACGAUAUUUUGAUUGGAGUUUAUAAAGGAUAUACUAUAUCUUUUGUAGAUUAUGAAUUACGUAAACUAAAACAAUUUCAAGAUUUUUCAUGGAUCCAACGGAAUCUUUUGGACGAUUUUAAAAAUACUGUUAUAAAGUUAAUUGAAACUGGCCAUUACUAUUUAGAUUCAAUGAAUAAGACUGAUAACAGAAUGUACAAAAAUUGCGAUCCAAGAGAGUGGUCGGAAGACAGGAAUUAUAUCCGCAUUAAAAAUCACGUGUCGUAUUAUGAACCAAGUACUAAAUGGUAUUACGAUCAAGACGCUUUUUAUCUACGGAAUCCAAAGCCAGAAUUUGAAUGCAAUGGGACAAAGAUAUACUAUGCUUCUGGAGAUCUAUCAAUAGGAAUCGUAUAUAGCUUCUAUUGCCCAUUUGUUUUUCUGGAUAAUGAUGAUUACAAUAAUGAUAGAAGUUGUCAAUUGUAUUCUCCUAGUGAUUUCAUGCGAUACAAAAAUAAACAUUGGUCAUCUGCGUGUAUUUCAGGAGAUCAUAGUGUGUUAGGAAAAUUGUGCUCUUGCGACAAACAAAGCGAUAGUGAUACUAGUAUUCGUACAAUAAGUUUAAAAGAAUAUUAUACCAAUAGUUCCGAUAAUCGAGUCGUUACGGGAAUCAGAUUUGCUGUUGAAAAAAAUAUAAUAACGAUACAAAUCCAAGAUGGACAAUUGAUCGAUGGUAUAAUAGAUCCGAACAGUGUUAGAUGGAGAACUGAUGAUGAUUAUCCAUCUGAUGAACAAGAUCCCAAAACUGUUCGGCUCGAUUAUAAAAUACGAGGGUUUAAUUUAGAUGACAUUGAAUUGCCUGAAGGACAAUUCGUUACAGGAGUGAAAUUCGUAUUAACGAAAAAUGAUCGUAUAUCAUUAGCAGUUAGAGGCUCGAUAAUGUAUGACAAUAGAAUUGGCAACUUUUCACCACCUGUUGAAGACCAAUGGCAUUAUCCAUCCGAAAUAAAUUCUACUCGAAGAUCGAACAUUGAUGUAAAUUAUCCAAAAAAUCCAACAGAUUUAAAAGUACUGACCACCGAAAUAAGUAAAUCAGGACAGCACUACAUAAAUCUAUCGAUAUCAACAUUUUCUAGCUCGAAUCAUAACACUGCUGUGGUACCGCUAUUAGAUUCCCGGGCUGUUGAGACUUACCCACCAUCAGGAAUUGGCGGGCUGGGAUUAUUUUACACUGGCCACUCAGGCUACGGUGGAUUUUUGGCAUUCAAAUAUUUUUCUUCACAAUACAAACGAUUUUCUCGAUUGCCCAUACGUUCAAUCAUCUCCAAUAUGAAAACUCCUGCAAUCUACUUAUAAUUUAUCCCUUCUACAAUACUAUUAUUUGAAUGUUUCGCUAUUUAAUUUUGAAAGAAAAAUUAUCAAAUCAUAAUUUUUUGAAUUGUCAAAUAUUUCAAUUGUAUUCAAAAUAAUUUUUAUAAAACCAAUAAUUUUUUUAAACCCAAGAAGCACAAAGCAAUUUGAGUGUUUAAAUUACAAAUUAAAAUAAACGUAUUGAAUCCAAACCGAAACAUUUGAAAUCCCGCAUUGAUUUAAUUUAUCUUUUUUUUCAUUUCUAAUUAAUGAAUUUUAAUACUUUCUAAUUAUUUCAACUCACCUCUAUCCGUUAUAAUCUAAUUUUUUGAAUCCGGAUUUAUUAUUUUCUAUGCCAUUUUUAGCACCAUUGCAAAUUGGAUAAAAUUCAAAUGGAUAGAACUCAAUUCUCUAUAAUCUAAUUCGUUUUAAGUUGCUGGGUAAAUAUGUAAAUAAAUAUGUUUACAAAUUUAUCUAUUCGUUUAAAAAAUCGAGUUUUCAAUGAUUUUUUUUAGAAGACCUCCGAGUCAGAAUAUUGAGCCUACAAGACGAUUUUUAAUUGUUUUUAUCGAUAAAUAAAUAAAAACGAGCAACCUGCAGUCACUACGUAACUGCCCAAAUAUCACUACUAAAUUUAUAAAAUACGCAGAAAAAAAGGAUUUCAUGCCACAACAAAAUUUUAAUUUGCACCAAGAAAUUUUAUGCAUUAUCAAUUAAAUACAAAAAUUGUCUUGGAGCGAGAAAAGAUUUUUUCGGUCAAGAAAUAAUUCCUUGCACCAACUAAUUUUUUCUAGUUCUAAAUCAAUUUUUGUUUUCAAUUCACAAUGCAAAAUAUUUCUUGGUGUAAGUAAAAAUUUUCUUUAGGCGAGUAAAGAUUUUUUGUGUCAAUGAAUCCUUUUUUUUUCUAUGCCCACUUUUUUGGCUUUGAGAAGCUUCCUAAAACCAAAAGGGAGCAUAAAAAUCUGUCAUUUUGGAAUAAGUAACGCGAUAUAAAUAAUAUAGCUAUAUGAAUCGUUUAUUUGAGAAACCCCAUAAGUCAAGAAAACAAAAUUUUUCAGGAAACACAAAAAACAUUUUUUUGGAAAAACUUGAAAUUAAAAUAAUAAAUAAAUAAUUGAAUACUACAAUGUUAGCGUCUCUGAAAAAGAUUCCGACAAGAAAAAUUUAAUUUUUUAACUGAAACUACUUAAAAAAAUUAUUUAAAGUUGAUUGACUUAUGGGGUUUCUCAACCAAACGGAAAAAAAAGUUAUAAAAUCAUUGUUUUUUUAAAUGUUUCCACUCAAAUCAUUUAUUACACUAAUAAAAUGAAGUAUUAGAUAUGUAUUUGAACUCUGAAACUCAGAAAUUACAAAAAAUUAUAAUUAAUUUAAACAUUUUAAUUAGUCAUAUAACAGUCAACAAUAAAACAACAUUUGAA